ACGACCACCCGCCCGGCGGCACGCCUCUUUCUGUAGACGGACACGCGGUACCGGAAGUGGGUGGGGUAACCUGAGAGCGCUUCCGGCUACCGGCGGCAAGCCAGGGGCAGGUGAGCGGCGGGUUCCCGUCCGCGUCCCGCCGACGGGCGACUGGACGCCCCCGCGGCUGUCCGGUGCGGCCUUGCGAGAGGUCAAGAUGAACUAUAUGCCCGGCACCGCCAGCCUCAUCGAGGAUAUCGACAAAAAGCACUUGGUCCUACUUCGAGAUGGAAGGACACUUAUAGGUUUUUUAAGAAGCAUUGAUCAGUUUGCUAACUUAGUGCUUCAUCAGACUGUGGAGCGCAUUCAUGUGGGCAAAAAGUACGGUGAUAUUCCUCGAGGAAUUUUUGUGGUCAGAGGAGAAAAUGUGGUCCUACUAGGAGAAAUAGACUUGGAAAAGGAGAGUGACACGCCCCUCCAGCAAGUGUCUAUUGAAGAGAUCCUAGAAGAACAGAGGGUAGAACAGCAGACCAGACUGGAGGCAGAGAAGCUGAAGGUUCAGGCCCUUAAAGAUCGGGGUCUCUCCAUUCCUCGAGCAGAUACCCUGGAUGAGUACUAAGUCCUUCGCAGACAGACUGCUGUCCUGGAGAGCAAGGGCUAUCGCCUGGUCACCUCACGCAUUUGACCAGAGUGUCACAUUGACAAGUGAUCUUAUAUUUUUUCACAUAUGCCAGCAUGAAGAAAUCAUGGGAUUUUGUUGAUUUUAACAAAACCAUUGUAUAUUUUGUUUUGAUUUUCUUUUUCAAACAGUCUCAUUACGUAGCCCUGGCUAACCUAGAACUCACUAUUUAGACCAGGCUGACCUCUAACUUGUGGGAUGGCAGGUGUGCUCCACCAUGCCCAGCUUUAUUGUUGAAAUACACAGUGGCAUGACUUCCUCAUACAAGUCACUGGGAAUCCAAGAAUCAUGUCUUUGUAUUGCUUUUCUUAUCUCAGAGUUUACAUUUCUUUUCAAAAGCUAUUUCUUCAUUUAUUUGUAAAUAAAGAGUGAAUUUCAGAACUGUCA